UUCUGGCUGUGUGAGCUCUAGCGCGGUGACAGAUGGCGGAGCCCUCCUCCUCCUCCACCUCCUACCUCCUCCUCCUUCUCUCUCUCUCUCUUUCCUCUUUCCCCCUCUCUCUCUAUGUCUCUCUUCCCCCGCAGGCAAAUCUCUCCGAAUGCGGGCGCAUGUCAAUCACCGAGCUCUCAUGUGAUGGCUCUUGCCGGUGACGUGCCAGCCAUAUGGGCGCUGGCAUCACAGCCUUAGCUGAGCUACCAUGUUGACACGGCUUUUCAGUGAUCCCUCGCUGCUGCCCGAUGUGCAGAAAUACUCGGGCUGGGCGGACAGCGAGGACGAGGAUUCCAAAAUGAAACAUGAGGAUCGGGACAACCAGGACGACACGGCUGGAUCCGAGCUGAGAGAAGACAGCCGGACGCAGUCUGAACAUGCCGAGGACGACGACGAAGACGACGAGGGCGACGAGGACGACGAGGUGGAGGAGGAGGAAGAGGACGACGGAGAGGAUACAGAGGGGGACAGGCCCAAGAAAAGGGGCCCCAAGAAGCGCAAAAUGACUCCGGCCCGUGUGGAGCGCUCCAAGGUGCGGCGGGUGAAGGCCAACACGCGGGAGCGGACCCGCAUGCACGACCUGAACUCUGCGCUCGACAAUCUGCGUAAAGUGGUGCCCUGCUAUUCAAAAACGCAAAAACUUUCCAAAAUCGAGACGUUGCGGUUGGCCAAAAAUUACAUCUGGGCCCUGUCGGAGAUAUUGCGGUCUGGGAAAAGGCCCGACCUUGUGGCCUACGUCCAGACGCUGUGCAAGGGACUCUCCCAGCCGACGACCAACCUGGUGGCGGGAUGCCUGCAGCUGAACUCCCGUAAUUUCCUCACCGAGCAGCAGUGUCAAGACGGGGGGAGGUACGGUUCCGGCUCCUUCCCCAUGCAUUCCUACCCAUACCAGUGUGCGCGUCUCUCCAGCCCCCACUGCCCGCCGGGCUCGGGGUCGAACUCGCAUCCGCUGAGAACGCACGGCUACUCCUCAGCUUACGACUCAGUGUACGCUGGGAGCGGAUCCCCGGAGUAUAACAGCCCCGAGUAUGAGGGUCCCCAAAGCCCGUGUGCCAAUGGGAACUUUUCCCUGAAGCACCAAGGCUCCGCGUCCCCCGACCACGAGAAGGGGUACCACUACUCUAUGCAUUACUCCGGCCUGCCUGGCUCCAGGCCCACUGGGCCCCACAAUCUGGGGUUUGGCUCAUCGGGGGCCCGGACCGCCAUUCACUCUGAAAACGUCCCGCCUUACCACGACAUGCACUUACACCACGAACGGGCCCCCGUGUAUGAUGAACUCAACGCGUUUUUUCACAAUUAAAAUGAGAAGUCUGUCGUGCGUCCCCUGCAAUCGACGAUCUAACCACGGCACACGUUUUAAAGAGCUUACCCGCCAGGAUUCAGGCAUUCUGGAGAGAUGUUUCACUCGUUGUCAUUUGUGUUUUAUGUUCCUUUUUUCCCGUCUUAACCUUUUAUUUCGCUAUAGUCCGAGAUGUAGUGGAGGGUAAUCCAUCCAACCCACAAUCGUAUCCUGUGCAACAGAAUCUGUCCAGCUGUUCGAGCUGAAAUAAAUGAGAUAUCAUAUCACGGACUGUGAUGACAAUAUUAAUGCUAUUUUAAAAUGUGAUUUGUGUUUGUAUCGGUGGUUGUUUGCAUUUUGAUGACUGGAAGUUGUUUAUUUACCACUACGUCACUGGCUACAGCUACACCUUGACAUUGGCGGUGAUUUUCUAAACUUGUGAAAUUAGAAAUAACUCAAUAAACAAGCUAAUGCAAAUCACAUGUAUACUUGAAUUGAUGAAAUAUAAGGAAAUGUAAAGGGAAAUACUGAACCAACAACAAUAAGUGCUAGUUGAGUUGUUUUAGAAAAUUCUGUGCUCCAGCAAAUCAAUCGCUUGACAUCUAUGCAAAACCCAACGAGAUAGAGAGAGAGAGAGAGAGAGAGGCAACAAGGCCCAGAAAGACACUGUAUGUUUCAUCAGCACUGUUGCCAAACACACACACACACACACACGCGCGCACACGCACACACACACACACACACACACAUACUCUGGAAUGAACACCCAAUGAAUCAGACAAUAGGGCUGGCCAAAAAAAAGAAAAAAUAAUUAAUCUAAAUAAAAUGAAAUCAGACAUUUCUUUAUUUUCUUUUUCAUUUUGUAUUCUUAUUUAUUUAUUCAUAGACUUAUUCCUCUAAUUGAGCCAUUGUACUGUUUAUACAUUUUGGUUCAACAUUUUUAUUUUUAAUGCUGUGUUGAAUAGGUUAUUAUUAUGAUUACUAUUAUUAUCAUUCUUCUUGUUGCACGAAUUUAUUGUGUUGUUUUUUUGUAAUUAAUGUUAAUAUUCAAUGGAAAUGAAGGGAUCCCAUGUGCUGCUGAGCAUUUCUUUCAUAACAUUCAAGACGUUCAACUUUGUAUUCAACCAACUGUGUGGUAAAUAA